AAAAGUUGCUUAGUUCCCCAUAGCAACCAAUCAGAUCGCUUCGUUCUUUUUUAACAAGGCCUCUGCAAAAUGAAAGAAGCGAUCUGAUUGGUUGCUAUGGGCAACUGGGCAACUUUUCCAGGUUUUGGUAAAUCUCCCUCUUUAUUCCUACACCAGUAUUAUUGGAUUUGUUGCUUCCAGUCUGCCUAGUGCACAGUCAGGACCUUUUGGAGCGAUUAUCCGCGAGCUUGCCGACUCCAUACAAAACGGUGAAUAAUACGGUAGUGCCAGCUACCUUCUCUACAGGGCGGUGGAUACGAUCUAGAUAUUUUUACGGAAAAUCCAGAUGAUGAUCUCCUGUGCUCCAUCUGCCAUGGUGUCCUGAGGUGCCCUGUUAUGAUCUCCUGUGGGCACAUCUUCUGCCGAAAAUGCAUUUUACAGUGGCUAAAGAGGCAGCAGACGUGUCCGUGCUGUAGAACCGAAGUAAGGGGUAAACUCUACGUACAGAUGCACAAACUGAAGAGGAAGAUCAAUCGUCUGCAAGUCAAGUGUCCCAACGAGCAAAAUGGCUGCCCAGCCCUCUUCCCACUUCUCAGGAGCGAAGAGCACGCCGAGACGUGCGCCUUCGGACUGGUGGCCUGCUCCAACGAAGGGUGUCCCGCCCAGGUCUUCAGGAAGGACGUAGGCGACCACAGCCAAUGCUGCGAGUACUGGCGGGAGAUGUGUCACAUGGGGUGCGGAACCCUGUUGACCCCUGAAAACCGGGACGAACACAAUUGCUACAUGGAACUCAAAGAGACCUACAACAAACAGCUGCACAAGCUGCGCCAGAAGGCCCGGAGGAUAGAGGGUCUCUCCUCCCAGAUGAGCAGGCACAUACAGCUGCUUAGCGAAGGCCUGGAGGGCAUCCAGGCCUCGGCCAGCACAGAGGAGGCUGACUGAUCUGCUCACCACCAUUGCUGAUGAAUGGGACCCCGCAUCAUUCACCUACACCCCCUCAGACACCCAUAAAUGUGAUAAAUAUUAGAUGGGGCACUAAUUUUUGCUAGAACAAGGGACCCCUAAGCAGGAUCUGUUAGGAGUGGUGGGCCAUCUUGGUCGGCCAUAGUUUCUUCCGUACAGUUGUAUGGUCCGAUAGCAUCAUGUUUGCCAAUAGACCCAAUUUUAGCGGGAUAAUCCUGCAAUCUGGUCCACAAGGGGUGAAGUUUUGGUAAAUCACACCCACAAUGGGUUUAUUGGGGCAUCCGUGGGUGUUCCACAUAGCGUUCAUGGGGAGGGGCUUAAAUUUUUCGAUUUUUAUCCAUUUAAAGGGGUAUUCCAGGAAAAAAAAUAUUUUUAUAUAUCAACUGGCUCCAGAAAGUUAAACAGAUUUGUAAAUUACUUCUAUUAAAAAAAUCUUAAUCCUUUCAGUACUUAUGAGCUUCUGAAGUUAAAGUUGUUCUUUUCUGUCUAAGUGCUCUCUAAUGGUGUCUCGGGAACCGCCCAGUUUAGAAGCAAAUCCCCAUAGCAAACCUCUUCUAAACUGGGCGGUUACAAAUCUAUUUAACUUUCUGAAGCCAGUUGAUGUAUAAAAAAAAGUUUUUUCCUGGAAUACCCCUUUAAACAUUGGCAAAUUAUGUAUAAUUCAGAGCAAAUCCAUAGAACUCUCCAUCGCCACCUGGAGGAAAGGGGAGGUACCUUGUUUUAGGGAUAGGGCCCAGUCCUAUUUAUAAUAGGGGCCCAAAGUAUAGUUCUGAACAAUUGUUACUGACUGUAGGAUGGUAUACUUGCCAACAUAUGAAAAGGUAAAAUAGACACUUAAAGGGGUUCUCCACCAUAAGGUGAUUUUAGUAUGUCUUGGGAUGUCAUGAGAUUACCAUAACACUGUGGCUAGCUUUUUGUGAACUGGUCUUUCCUGUUUGACUUUUCUUUUUUGACUACAAAUCCCAUAAUUCCAUUUUCCUCCCUCCCACACAUAAGCCACCCCACCUAUUGAAACAUAAAAGAACUGCAUCCAUUCAAAAGACCUGUGGUUUUCAAUCAGGGUGCCUCCAGCUAUUGCAUUAGUUGCAGAUUGAUCUCUCUCCCACCAAGCGAUCCCUCCACCCAUUGAAGCAGACAGGCUCCCUGUCAUCAGCUGACUAGGGAGUCAGGUCUCGGCCGCAUUGCAACCUG